AGGAGAUGUUUUUCUUGGCACAUUUCCAAAGCUCUCGCCUCGUCUACUGCAAUUAAACCCAAAGCUCUUGGUGUUCGAAGAGGACAAAGUCUCUUUUACACGUAAGAUUUAAUCAAAAAGAGCCAGAAAACAAGCACGAGGGAGCGGAUAGGCCACUGUUCAGAGCAGUAACAUGGGGGCACCACUGAGUUCGUGCUCAUUUGCGCUUUUGCCGAGGAGGAGAGGCAUUAGAGCUCCCGUCAGGAGGACAGGACACACUUACAGCAGCUACAACAGGACAGCAAAGCCAAAGACGUCAAAAUGAUGUCCAAGAAAGCCCAGCUUGUCGGCCUGGUGCUGGUUCUCGCCAUCAUCGGCGCCAUUGUCGGCGUCAUGGUAGUUCGCAAGUCGAGCAGCUCAGCCAGCGAGUCGUCGGGGACUACUUCGACUGGCUCGGGCUCCACUGUGUCUGAUAGCGACGGCGACAGCACGACCGCCAGCUCGUCCAGUGGCAAGAGCUCAGUGUCGAAGAAGAAGAAGACCACCUCGGGUUCAGGCUCGGGUACCGGCUCAAUUACAUCCGAUCCGACUUCCGCCAAGUACACUCUUUCGGCCUUUGCUAUUGGUGACUGGGGUACUACAGUCACGCAGGACUCGUGCUGUACUCGUUCUUCGACCUACAACGACUAUGACGUCAACGCAGAGGACAUUGUGGCCAAUCUGAUGGACCAGCAGGUCACUGCUGCAUCGGCACCCCCUAAGUGCGUUCUCAGCCACGGUGACAACUUCUACUGGACGGGCAUUGACAGCGAAGGCAGCCGCGACUCCCGCUUCACUACCACUUUUGAGAAGAAAUACGGAGGUGACAAUAUCAAGAAUGUUCCGUGGGUCAACGUGCUGGGUAACCACGACUACGGUGGUGCUAGUUACAUCUGCGCAGACGACAAAGGCCUCGCGGCGUGCUCCUCAGCCGAUGAGCUGGUUAAAGCGCUGUCGAACAAGUUCCAAUGGCAGUCGGAUUACACGAGUCCGAACGAUAACCGCUGGGUUUUGAAGGACCAUUUCUACGUUUAUUCCAUUGAAGACAAGGACUCCGGUGUGAGUAUCGAUAUUUUCAAUGUGGACGCAGGAGAUGCCAGUACCCACGGUGCGCAACAGACUUGUUGCCAGUGCUAUGGCUACGCUGAAGGCAGCGACAAGAAGUGCAAGAAUGUUGCUCGUGGUGAUAAACUGUGCAGUGGUGGCGAUACCGAGAUGUUCGACGCUUGUUUCGACAAGUUUACCGAGUGGAGUGAUGAUUCACGCAAGCAACUCGCUAAGGAGGUGGCAGCUUCUAAAGCCACGUGGAAGAUCGUCAACAGCCACUACUCGCCGUAUGCUCACUACGAUGAAGCUGGUAUGAAGAAAUGGUUCGACGUGCUUCAGGAUUCGGGUGUUCAGCUCUGGAUGAAUGGCCACACUCACGGUGAAAACCACGAUUACUCGUCGGCCUAUUCCAUUCACUUCGUGAACAACGGUGCUGGUGGUGGUAUCCAGAAGGAAUCUGCCAGUGGUAUUCCUGAGUUUGCUGCUGGUGAUGUGGAGGCGCUGUGGGCUUAUGGUGGCCACGAGUACGGCUUCAUGUCGGUGGAGGCAUCGGAGGAGUGGCUAAAGCUGCAGUACCACACGGCGGAUGACUCGUGGUCGUUCGAGGAGAGCUUCAAGUCGACGAAGGUCGGUGGCGUGGCGACGAAGCACUGCUGGUACAUUCCACUGGAUGGCGGCGAAGGCAAAGAGUGUUAAGCUAGACACUGUGGCCGAAAUGGCAGCUAUUGUACUAAGUCUACAUGUAGAUCGCAGUGUUGUUCAAUCUACUCUGAUAAAACUACGUGUGUGCUCCGAUAGUAUCUCUCUGCUGCACGACAGAUCUCGCCACAUUUGCACAACAAUAUGUUUGACAAUACUG